GCUGCACAGGGUUCAUCUGAAACCCAGAGCGUCACUUGGGUUUCAGUGUACUGGUUACUAGGCAACGGCCACAAUUACCAGAGCGCUUCAUUCAGGUGAAGCUAACAAGGCAAUACUUUCUUUGCAAAUUGUGAGCAAAAGUAAUACGUUACAGCAGAAAAUGCCUUUCACUCCCGACUCAAUUAAACCUCCGCUGCAUGACCAGAUAACGGAGAUGCAGCGUAAAAUCCAACUGCUGGAGGGCGACAGAACUGCAUACUAUGAGAGCUCUCAGUCCAUCAUGAAGAAGAACAGAGAGUCCAUCCUGCAGCUGAGGCAGGAGAACAAGAGGCUGUACAAACAACUGGCAGAGGCUAAUGUUGGUGAUGAACAUAUCAUCAAAGUGGCCUUUCAAAACAGAGGAACAGAGAAGGAUGCCUAUCGCAACAUGUCAGGGAAGGCAGCCCUGACAACACUAGACCAGAGGGUGCUGUCCAAGACGAAGCGUCUCAAUGCCCUCAAACACACCACCCAGACCUACCAGCGGUGCCUUGAAGACCUGAAGAUGGAAUACAAGAGAGUGAAACCAGAGGGAAGCAGGGGAGCCCAGUCUGCUGAUGCUCGCACUCGGAAAAAAGACGAAGAUGCCAUGAAUCUGCGAGCGCUUGAGAACAGCCUGGAGAAGACCCAGUUUAAGUGCAAGGAGGCUGAGAACAUCAUGACUAACUAUCUGAAACUCAAAAGUCACAUGCAGGAGGAGAGUCUGACUUUCCAGGGCCAACUGGACAGUCUGGAAGAAGAAAUAUUCAAACACAGAGAGGAGCUUCACAACCUGCAGGCCAUGAGCAACAAAGCCCAGCUCUCUAAAGAAGCUGCUAAGGCCGAGUUACAACAGCAGGAGGAACUACUCUACAAGGAGCGCAAAGAGAGAGAGAGUAUUAUAGUCAGCUACAGGAGAAAGGUUGAGGAGCACAAGGCCCAGUUUGACAAAGUGGAUAGAAGGUACCUGCAGACCCAGAGAACAACCAUGCAGCCAGAUGAAGUGAGCAGUGAGGCACUGCGCACCACCACCAGGAUGGCAGGUGAGGAGGAGAAAGCCAUCUCCACUUUUGAGGAGGCUUUCCAAAGGAUCAAGGAGGCCACUGGAGUCACAGACAUACAGGAGAUAGUGGAGCGCUUUAUUUCACAAAAAGAGACACACCAAAAUCUGGAGAAGCUGAAGGUAGAGAAUGAAAAGGUCCUGCAGCAGCUGAAGGAGCAGAAGGAGCUGUCGAAUCAACAGUUCCAGGAUAUGAAAUAUUCUGGAGAGGAUCAACUUUCCAAGGACCAACAGAUGCUGGAAGAGUGUGCGCAGCAACUGCAGGCUGAGCAGCAAAAGUGCAAUGCUGCUAAAGAGCACCUAGAUUGGCUUGUUAAAACUUUCAGUACUGUCCGAGCUGGAGUGGAGCACCUGGCGCACAAACUUCAACACAUCAGACUGAGUGAGGACACAGUGGCUGAGGUGUCACCAGACUCGGAUGAGUUUGUGCUGGAGCUGAUGACCCAAUGUGAGCUGAAGUUACAGUUACUGCAUGAAAAGCUUCAAGAAAAGGAUCUGGCUGCUAUCAUGAAGGAGAUGGAGGAAGAGGAGUUUUCCGUCAGGAUUGAGGGGAAGCUGCCGGCCUACAACACCCGUGUCACAUUCCCUGAGGACCAACGACUGGACCUUAGCAGUGACGAGGAUGAGAGUGAAGAGGACGAAGCUGACAUCAUCUCCCGGGAGGCACUGAAGCGUCAGUCUCAGCUGAUCAUUGAGUCCAAGUCCAAAAAGAAGUCCUGGAAGGUGAAGAAGGGAAAGUUCUGAUCUGACACCACAGUGUCAGUGUCAAGACUCAAGACAAAUAGAUGCUCUCAGCCAAAGACUGACUGGAGUGUAAAAUGAGCUUGAGUGGCACACAAUGAUCCUAUCAAGACUUGGUGCUAAUUUAACUGUUUCUGUUCUACCUCCACAUGAUUGUUCUGUGUCUUACCAGCUGUUACAAAGAAUUUUAGAACUUAAGUACAUGGCAGAAAUUGAAUAAAGACUUUUCCACACGAUGAAACGUGAGCACAGUUUAACAGUUCUAAGAUGAUAUUUACUCCCUGAUUGCUGUAUAAGUGAAACUUGUUUUGACAGCAGAAGUUCUCCAUCUCAUUUCUCUACCUCUUUCACAGUUCACAGUUCUACCCUGCUGCCAUGUGGAAAGCCAAACAAUCAGAGCAACACUGUCACUUUUUUUUCAUAGCUUUUUGACAAAAAUGGCUGCACAAGGUGCGUGAGAACCAGAUAACCUGUGCCCAGAGGUCUUCUCUGCUUUUGUCCUGUUGAUCAAAACCUAUUGUGAAUAUAAUGGGUGUUAAUAUAGAUGUAUGAUACACUGGCCCACAGUGCACUGAAAGACAACACCUGUGACAAUGCGAUUAUUCAUGGGUGAAUCACAUAAAAACUAAAGACACCUGUGCUUGUCCCAGUUUAAGAAUCUGUUUGCAGACGUGCAGCACCCCCUGAGCUAUCUUGGCUAUGUUUAGCAUCUCAGAAAUGAUUCUGCCUCUUUGCUCAAAUACUGCGUGUAUUGGAUCACAACCAGCUCUUGAAUGUUAGGUGGAUGUCCUUGUCCUAUGGCUGAGUUAUUGGCAGAACCAUAAAUCUUCAUACCUAAACAUCUAGGGAUAGCCUCAGCAAUGUGAUGUCUCACACGUGGUUACCAGAGCAGCAGAGUGACUAACAGAAUGUAACCAGACACCUUCAGGUGGCAAACAAAACUCUUGAACACAUGACUACAGAAAUGUAUUGCUCUUGUGAGUGUGUGCAGUAUCAUGCAUGGCUAAAAUAAGAGCAGCUGUGGUUGUAAUCUCAAAUGCAGUUGACUCAUGACAUGUUCAUUUGCUUAAUUGCAUUUGAAUGCUGUUGUUGACAGUACAUGUUUACCUACUUUUUAUUCAGUAAAUUUCAUGUUAAUAGUAGGCACCAGGAUUUUACCAAUAUGAUGUUUUGAAGGUCAGUACAGAAGCAAAUUUAAGAUUUCAGGCUCUUUAAAUAAAAUCGAUAACUGCU